UGUGGCACCAGAAAAGGCGUGUGUGGGUGAAAUAGCUAAACCCCUCCCCUUUCCCCGUGGCCGCUCAACCCUCAUUCAAAACAGAACACAGCUGUUGGAAAGCACAUCGCCUUUAGGAGCUUCUGAAAUCUGCUGCACUCGAGUUGCCACAACGAAACGAGUAUUUCACCCGAAAAGAGGGACUUUGCACCCAUCUCAGUGUGGCCUACUUCGGAGCUGCGACGCCUGAGAAGAACCCGAUCACAUGACGUGCAUUGGCUAAUAAGAAUUGAGAUAUCUGAGAGCGCCAUGUGAGUGAGAGGUGCUUCGGAGCAGGGCGAUUGGCAGCCGGGAGAAGGGAAUUAUAAUGAUUUUAUAUUCAGUCCAAAGGCAUAAUGGGGGCAUUACUGCCGCUGGGAAAUGUGAGGCCUGAGUGCACACACUGAGGAUGAGGAUGAGGAGUGGUCUCUUGUACUGACAGACUGAUGGUGUGGGAAUGAUGGACCUCCCCAAUGGCCAAUCAAGCAUCACCACCGCCACUGCCUCUGAGAAGAGCAGCAGCUCAGAAUCUCUCAGUGAGAAGGGUUCUGAACUAAAGAAGAGUUUUGAUGCCGUCGUCUUCGAUGUCCUGAAGGUCACCCCGGAGGAGUAUGCCGGUCAGAUCACUCUCAUGGAUGCUCCAGUGUUCAAAGCCAUCCAGCCUGAGGAGCUGUCGAGUUGUGGCUGGAACAAGAAGGAGAAGCACAGCUCUGCCCCCAAUGCUGUGUCCUUCACCCGCAGAUUCAACCAGACGACUUUCUGGGUGGUGAGGGAGAUCCUGCAUGCUCAGACCCUGAAGAUCAGAGCUGAGGUACUCAGUCUCUACAUCAAAACUGCCAAGAAACUGUGUGACAUAAACAACCUUCAUGCAGUGAUGGCUGUGGUGUCAGGUCUACAAAGCGCUCCCAUCUAUAGACUCUCCAAGACAUGGGCGUUGUUGAGUCGGAAGGACAAAGCAACGUUUGAGCGGUUGGAGUAUCUCAUGGCCAAAGAAGACAACUACAAGCGUCUCCGAGACUACAUACGCACCCAGAGCAUGAACUCCUGCAUACCAUACCUGGGUAUGUAUCUGUCUGACCUGACAUAUAUAGACUCAGCGUAUCCCUCUACUGGCAGCAUCCUGGAGAACGAACAGAGAUCCAACCUCAUGAACAACAUCCUGAGGAUUAUAUCUGACCUGCAACGCUCCUGCACCUACGAUAUACCAGUGUUGCCUCAUGUCCAGAAGUAUCUAAACUCAGUCAGGUACAUCGAGGAGCUACAGAAGUUUGUGGAGGAUGACAACUACAAGUUGUCGUUGAAGAUUGAGCCAGCCACCAGCACCCCUCGCUCUACUGCCUCUAGAGAGGACCUCGUAGGUCCCGACGCUUCUGCGUCUCCUCUGUGUGGCCAUAAGGGCCCCAUCGCAGACGGAACCAAAGUCCCUCCCACGCCCCCCUCCCCUAGGAACCUCCUCCCCUACGGACACAGAAAGUGUCACAGCCUGGGCUACAAUUUUAUCCAUAAGAUGAAUACAGUGGAGUUUAAGAGCGCUACGUUCCCCAAUGCUGGUUCUCGUCAUCUAUUGGACGACAGCGUCAUGGAGAGCCACACCCCUACAAGAGGACAGGCCGAGAGCUCAACGCUCUCUAGCGGCAUCUCACUGGGGAGCAGUGAAGGUUCAGAACUCAGUGAAGAGAUGUCCUGGCCAGCCUUCGAGAGGACUCGGUUCUAUCACUCUCUGGGGCCUGUGACCCGCGUGGCCAGAAUCCCCUACAGAGGAGGCCUGAGGCCCAGCAGCUCGGCAGAGUCUGAGGAGUUAGCGGUGCACCUGUACCCUGGAGCCGUCACUGUACAGGGAGUCCUACGACGCAAGACUGUCCUCAAGGAGGGCAAGAAACCCACGGUGGCAUCGUGGACCAAGUUCUGGGUGGCUCUGUGUGGAACUCAGCUCUACUUCUACCCUGCGAAGUCCCUAAAGGCCACAGAGAGAAAGCAUUUCAAGUCAUCUAGCAGUAAGAGUGUGUGUGUCGUGGGGUUGAUGGCCAUCAUGGCUGACGACCCUGAACAUCCCGACGUCUUCCUGCUCACAGACUCUGAACAUGGUAACACCUAUAAAUACCAGGCAGGGAACAAAAUGAAUGCCCUGCUGUGGUUCAAACACCUCAGUGCUGCCUGCCAGAGCAACAGACAACAGGUCCCAGCCAAUCUGAUGUCCUUUGAAUAAGUGCUGCUGAAGAAGACGGAAUGAUAGAUGGAGAGAGAUAAAAUAAAGGAAUAGGAGAGGAGAAGAAAGGAGGGUUAGUGACUUAGCAGCAGGAGCUUUCACUGCCAUGACCCCUGACCUAUACACCCUGACCCCAGCCCCACUGCAGCCCCACCUGCCACCACUGCCUUAACCUAAGGAGCCGUGCGAGUGUGUGUGUGUGUGUGUGUGUGUGUGUGUGUGUGUGUGUGUGUGUGUGUGUGUGUGUGUUGAAGCAGUGGUUAAUUUGGCUGCAUAGAUUACUGAAUGGGGAACGACACCACUUCUCCUUUCUCGUUCUCUCUCUCCGUAGUUUUUUCCAGUGGACUAUCAACCCUGUGGAACUAUGGGAUGUCUCCUCCUCUUUCUUGGGAUGUAUGGACAUUGUAUAUCCUUUAUCCUCGUUUUUCCAUCACUCUUGACACACCGUGGUCUGGUGGAAGACAGACUCUGCCCUUUCUAGGGCUGGACUCACACACAUACACAACCACACACAUACAACACUGGACUAACUCAAUGGAACGGGAUUUUAAACACUUUUCUUUAUCACACUUUGACUCACACCCACACACAAGGCCCCAAUGGUGUCUUCACACACUUGACAUGAGUUGGGCUCACAAAACUAUGACACACUUUUCGCACACACUCACACACAUAUGCACAAACGUACACACAAACACAAACACACACACUCGGACGGGGGGAGAGAGCGUGUGAUUGCAGCAUUGUAAACAUUAAGGGCUCUGAUUCUCAAUCUAUUCCAGCAGAAACUGCUCCCACACACAUGUCCUGAAUGUCUCCUACUGUUUUAUAUUCCAGAGUCUCCCCUCCCCUUCUCUGCCCUAUGUGUGUGUGUGAGAGCGUGUGUGAGCGUGUGUGUGUGUGUGUGUGUGAGCGCGUAUGCUAGGUCACAUCAUCGGUACGAUAAACCCAGUCUCUAAGCUUUCCUCUAUUCCACUGUUAUGGACCCAGUUAUAACUCUUUUAUAAACAGGCUUUUGGGUUGUUCUCUGGACAGCUGUCUGUGCUGUCCACUUGUUAAGGCUCUAGAUUCCCCAGAACACACACACACACAUUAACACUAAAGACUUGAAAGCUGUGAAAAGGUGAACGAUAGGACAGAGUGAAAGAUGGGGGAGUGUUAAAGGGAUACUUGGGGAUUUUGGCAAUGAGCCCCUUUAUCCACUU